UCAUGUAAACGUAUCUGCUGCCCUGGUUCUUACUCUUCUUUACACACUGUCUGCAUUUAGCUUGUAGGCUAAUUUGUUUAGGUUUUCUCUGCCAGAGAUCAGUCGUCGAGAUUAAAAUGAGCCUUACCUUUUUAUAACUGUGCUAUUAUUGUACAUUAAAACAACAUGUUGGCAUUAUUUUUGACCAUUUUUAGAAGAAAGAUGGAUGGCUAAAUGUGAUUUUAGUUGGACACCUGUAAGCCAAUCAAUAGACAGAAUGACAUUGGAAGCAAAGUAGUUUAUACAAUGAAACAAAGUUUGGAUGUCAGCACAUUUAAAGCUGCGGUAGGUAACUUUUAUAAAAGUAACUUUUUGUCAUAUUUGCUGAAACGUUCACUGUAUCCUGACAGUAGGACAUGAGACAGAUCAUUUGAAAAAAGUCAGCUUCCUCUGGCUCCUCCUUUCAAGAAUCCACCGCGCCUGAAUGAAAACAGCCAAUCAGAGCCAAAAAAGACUCAAAAAAAGUUUGAUUCCCAUCGUUUGACGGCAACAACAAUUGACUGUCUUUCUUGGCCCAUACAGUAAUUUAUUACUUCAUAACUAAUAUCAAAUAAAUAACAGAAUUACGAUUACUAAAAUUGAAAUAGUUUCUUUACUUGUUACUUUUGUCUUACUUGAAUAUAGUGGACAACUGCAGGAGAUAACGCAGCACAUCUGAGCGUCUGUAACAUCACCGACCUUACGUUGGCCAACACAUCAAGUAAAUAUUGAUUAACUGCUGUAACAAAACUCAGUUAAUAUUCACAUCAGUCUUCUACUGAAUCCUCCUACUAACCGAGACAAUUAGCGUAGCUUACAGGUAGGAACGGUGCUCAUUGCUGCCCUCUGGUAAUAAGAUAUAUUUAUCUCACAGCACAACACUAAAACAUUAAAUCUGACUGCUGUGUGCUGAAGUAACUAUUAACUGUUACUAAUGACUGGUCAGGAUACAGUGAACGUUUCAGCAAAUAUGACAAACUUUUUUAUAAAAGUUACCUAUUGCAGCUUUAAAUUCAACAUUGAAUCCAUUUUAUGGAGGUAAAACAGAGUCACAACAUAAAAGUUACAGGAGAAUAUUUAAUUUUUAACCUUUCUGUAUGUGCUGUGUGUGUGUGUGUGAGAGAGAGAGUGUGUGUAUACAGAUGCUCUACCGCUGUGUGUCCUGAUGACCCAGUGACUGUCAGCAGAUGAUGCCAAGACGUGACUGACAUGGAGGAAGAAGAGGCCCCAGCUGCUCCGGUGAUUGUUGGAGAAAUGAAAGAGGUUACGACAGUGGAGCGAGAGAAACAAGAGUCUUUCCAGGAGAUGAUGGUAACAACAGUGACCACGCUGACCACGGUUGUUGAAGCAACAGCGGAAGAGAUGGACGUAGAGGAGAAGGAGGAAGUUGAAACUGACAAAAUAACAGAGGAGGAGAAGGAGGAAAAUAUAGAGGAGGAGGAAGUAGAGAUGGACGGAGGAGAAGACAGUGGAGAGGAAGAGGAGGGUCACACAAAGAAGUUUUUGGGACCUUGGGAAUCUGAGGCCUCCUCUGAUGCAAAGCCUCCACUACCAGACCCAGCAUUUAACAGGAGAUGCAGUUUGCUCGCCAGUGAAGUGAAGUAUAAGGAGGACUUUGAGAAGAUGAGGGGUCAGAGUCUGUUUGUUCCCGGAGCCGAACUAAUCCAUUCCAAGAACAUCAGCGCUGUCAUAUCUGAGUCUAAGUACAAAGAGGAGGGAAAGAAGGAAGCAUCGAUGUCUCUGUACUCCAUCCUAGCAGAGACUCCUGAGACUCAACGUGCCAGAGAGACUUCAGAGCUGCAGAGUGAGAUUAAAUACAAAGGAAAUGUGAAGACAGAGAUUUCCUCCUCUCUUUAUUCUCUGCUGCCGGAAACAACAGAGACCCAGUUCGUCAAAGAGCUGACGGAGUUACUGAGUGAGAACAAGUACAAGGAGGAAGGAAAGAAGGAGAUGAGCAGCAGUUUGUACUCUCAGCUUCCUGAAACCGCUGAGAUGCAGCUGGCCAAGGCGGUCCACGAGUUUCAGAGCGAGAAAAAGUACAAAGAAGACGGGAAGAGAAAGGCCUCGAUCUCCCUCUAUUCCCAACUCCCCGACACUCCAGAGAUACAACACGCUCUGGAGAUGUCACAGAUGCAGAGUGAGGUGAACUAUCGCCCGAAGGUGCUGGUUAGAGGAGCUCCCUCCUCUCUUUACUCUCAGCUCCCUGACACCACAGAGAUCCAGUUUGCCAGAGAGAUGACUGAGAUGCAGAGCGAGAGUAAAUACAAGGAGGGCGGGAGGAAGAGCCUCUCUCAGAGUUUCUACUCUCAGCUCCCGGAGACCGCAGAGACUCAGUUUGCUAAAACUGUUGCUGAGCUGCAGAGCGAGAUGCGGUACAAGGAAGCGGGUAAGAAGGGCGUGAACUCGUGCUUAUAUUCCCUUCUGCCGGAGACUUUAGAGACAGCUCACGCCAAGGAAGUGUCUGAGCUCUUAAGUGAGGUGAAGUAUAAAGAGGAUGGUAAGAAGGAGAUGAGCAUCAACCUGUACUCUCUGCUGCCUGAGACCAUCGAUACCCAGCACGCUAAAGAGGUGUCGAACCUGCAGAGUGAGGUGAAGUAUAAAGAAGGUCUGAAGCAGAAGAAUCAGAGCAGUUUGUACCAUCAGCUCCCAGAGACCACAGAGACACAGCUGGCCAAACAGCUGUCUGAGCUGCAGAGCGAGGCCAAGUAUAAAGAAGCGGGAAAGAAAGAAGUGAAUACCUGCCUGUACUCUCUUCUGCCUGAAACCCUGGACACUCAGCACGCUAAAGAGACCACUGAGCUGCUCAGUGAGAUUAAGUACAAGGAGAGUGGGAAGAAGGAGAGGUCCAGCUCCAUUUACUCCACUCUGCCCAACACUUCAGAAACCAGCUUCGCCAGAGAGAUGACUGACAUGCUGAGCGAGAGUAAGUACAAGGAGAAUGGGAUAAAGAGCCGUUCACAGAGUGUCUACAGUCAGCUGCCAGAGACCACAGAGACUCAGUUUGCUAAAACUGUUUCUGAGCUGCAGAGCGAGAUGAAGUACAAACAGGGAAAGAAAGACGUUUCCAGCUCUCUGUAUUCCACUCUGCCUGAGACUCUGGAGACGCUGCACGCUAAAGAGGCUUCUGAACUGCAGAGUGAGCUGAAGUACAAGGCGGCCCUGAAGAAAGGUCGUUCGUCCAGUCUGUUCCACGUGCUGCCUGAGACCUUAGAGACGGCCCACGCUAAGGAAGUCUCCGAGCUCCUCAGCGAGGUGAAGUAUAAAGAGGACGGUAAGAAGGAGAUGAGCAUCAACCUGUACUCUCUGCUGCCUGAGACCAUCGACACCCAGCAUGCUAAAGAGGUGUCAAACCUGCAGAGUGAGGUGAGGUAUAAAGAAGGUCUGAAGCAGAAGAAUCAGAGCAGUUUGUACCAUCAGCUGCCAGAGACCACAGAGACAAAGCUGGCCAAAGAGCUGUCUGAGCUGCAGAGCGAGAAUAAGUACAGGGAGGCUGGUAAGAAAGAGGUGAACACGAACCUGUACUCCCUCCUGCCCCUCACCAUGGAGACGCAGCACGCUAAAGAAGCUGCAGAGCUGCUCAGUGAGAUCAAAUACAAGGAAAGCGGAAAGAAGGAGAUGUCCAGCUCACUCUUCUCCACCCUGUCCGACACGUCAGAGACCAGCUUCGCCAGAGAGAUGACUGACAUGCAGAGCGAGAACAAGUACAAAGAAGACGGAAAGAGAAGCCUCUCUCAGAGUUUUUACUCUCAGCUACCAGAAACAACUGAGACUCAGUUUGCUAAAACUGUCUCCGAGCUACAGAGUGAGAUGAAGUACAAAGAAGCAGGGAAGAAAGGAGUGACGAGCUCUCUGUACUCGACUCUACCUGAGACUCUGGAAACACAGCACGCCAAAGAGGCUUCACAGCUGCAGAGUCAGCUGAAGUACAAGCAGAGUUCGAAGAAAGACGCCUCCAGUCUGUAUCACCUGAUGCCGGAAACCAUCGACACUCAGUUUGCCAGAGAGCAGAUGGAGUUGCUCAGUGAGGUCAAGUACAAAGAAGAUGGUAAGAAAGAGAUGAGCGUCAACCUGUACUCUCUGCUCCCCGACACCAUCGACAGCCAGCAUGCUAAAGAGCAGACAGAAAUGCAGAGUGAGGCUAAAUACAAAGAGGCCAGUAAGAAGCAGACAGCAACGUCUCUGUAUCACAGACUGCCUGAAACUCUGGAGACGCAACACGCCAAAGAGGCGUCACAGCUCCAGAGUCAGAUCCUGUAUAAAGAGGCUGUUAAGAAGGAGCUGUCAUGUCCAGUUUACCACCAGAUGCCUGACACUCUGGAGAACCAGUUUGCCCGAGAGCUCACCGACAUGCAGAGUCAAAACAAGUACAAAGAGAACGGGAUGAAGAGCCUCUCUCAGAGCUUCUACUCCCAGCUGCCAGAAACCGCUGAGACUCAGUUUGCUAAAAGUGUUUCUGAGCUGCAGAGCACGAGAAAGUAUAAGAAGUCUGGGAGGCAGGAGGCCGGCAGCUGUCUGUAUUCUGUGAUGCCAGAAACUCUGGACACUCAACACGCGAAGCAGGCCUCACAGAUACAGAGCCAGGUGAAGUACAAAGAGGACGUGCAGAAGGAGUUGUCGUCCAGUCUGUUCUCCAGCCUUCCUCAAACUCUCCAGACUGAAUUGGCCAAGGAGGUAACGGAGCUUCAGAGCCAGGUGAAAUAUAAGGAGGGCUGUAAGAAGGAUGCGUCCUCGUCGCUCUACCACCUCCUCCCCGAGACAGCGGAGAUGUAUUUCGCCAAACAUAUGUCGGAGAUCCAGAGCGAGGUGACGUACAAGAAGGACAAAGAGGAUCUGCCCAUCACUUUAUACUCCAUAAUGCCUGAAACUCUGCAGACUCAGUUUGUGAAAGAGAUGGCGGAGACACACAGCGAGCUGAAGUACAAGCAGGCUGGGAAGCAGCAGACGGCGUCGUCCCUCUACUCCAAACUGCCUGAAACUCUGGAGACCAAACACGCCAAAGAAGUGACUGAACUACAGAGUGAAAAAAAGUACAAAGAUGGAGGGAGGAAGGAGAUGGCGUCGUCUCUGUACUCUCAGCUCCCUGAAACCUUGGAGACACAGUUCGCUCGAGAGAUGACCGAGAUACAGAGUCAGAACAAGUACAAGGAGAGUGGGAAGAAGAGCCAGACGGUCAGCGCUUACUCUCAGCUCUCAGAGACCAACGACAUCCAGUUUGCCAAAGCUGUGUCUGAAAUACAGAGUGAGAACAAAUAUAAAGAAGCAGGGAAGAAAGACGCGUCCAGCUCUCUGUACUCGAAGCUGCCUGAGACUCUGGACACCCUGCACGCCAAAGAGGUUUCACAGCUGCAGAGUCAGGUGAAAUAUAAGCAGGACGGCAGGAAGGAGGUGAGCAGUUCUCUCUACCACCAGCUGCCCGAAACCACCGAGACACAGCUGGCCAAAGAGCUGAGAGACCUUUACAGCGAGGUGAAGUAUAAAGAAGAGGGGAAGAAGGAGAUCAGUAAGAACUUGUACUCACUCCUCCCUGAGACGGCGGAGAUCCACUUUGCCAAGCACAUGUCGGAGAUACAGAGUGAGACAAAGUACAAGAAGGACAACGAGGAUCUGCCCAACACUUUGUACUCCCUGCUGCCUGAAACUCUGCAGACUCAGUUUGUGAAAGAGAUGGCUGAGACACACAGCGAGAGUAAAUACAAGGAGGCAGGGAAGAAGGAGCUGGUUAGCUGUCUGUAUUCUCUGCUGCCGGAGACCAAAGACACCCAACAUGCAAAGGAGCAAUCUCAGCUGUACAGUGAGAAAGCAUACAAAGAGGAGAGUAAGAAGGAAGCCGGCUGCAGUCUGUACGCCCAGAUGCCCCAAACCAUCGAGACGGUCUUUGCUAAAGAGCUGACCAAGACGCAGAGCGACAGAGAGUAUCGGAGGGACUAUGAGGAGCAGAUGAAGGGGAAAGCCUUGGUUGACGUAGACCAGACACCUGGAUACCUGACAGCUCUCCACGCCAGCAGCCUGCUGAGCGAGAAGGCGUACAGGAAGGACCUGGAGCAGGAAGUGAAGGGGCGGGGCUUAUCCGGCAUCGGGCUGGAGGACACACCUGAGCUGCUGAGGGUUAAAAACGCCAAUCAGAUACUGAACCAGAAGGACUACCGCAAAGAUUUAGAGAGGGAGAUUGUGGGUAAAGGCAUGGAGGUGAGCUCAGACGUUCUUGAGAUACAACGAGCCAAGAGGGCCUCGGAGAUCCAGAGCCAGAGGUCCUACAAGCAGACGGAGCAGCUCAGAGAAAACUCAUACGGGACGGUCACAGACACUCCUGAACUGCUGCACGCCUCCUACCUCAAAGACGUCUACAGCCAGAAGAAGUAUAAGGACGAAGCGGAGCGUCUGAAGGGAAGCUACAGUAUGCUUUCAGAAACCCCCGAGAUGGAGAGAGUCAAAGCCAACCAGAGACACAUCAGCUCCCUACGGUACUGCUGGGACUCCAAGCUGAUGAGAGGCCUGAUGUCGUCCGUCGCAGAGACACCAGAGAUCGUCCUGGCCAGAGAGAGCACCAAGAAGAUCAGUGAUGUCCAGUACAGAGAUGAAGUGGGUUGUGGCACCGCUGUCAUGGACACACCCGAGAUGGAGCGAGUCCGACGCAACCAGGACAACAUCAGCUCGGUGAAGUACAAGCAGAGCGCAGUGAAGGCCACAAGCAUCGGAGUGACUCCAGAACUGGAGAGAGUCAGACAGAACCAGGAGAACAUCAGCUCGGCAAGACACACACACACACACACACACACACAGACACACUAACACACACAGACACACAGACACACUGAGGGUAUUAUCAUAUAAAAUAUGAUGUGUGUGUGUGUGUGUGAA